AUGGAAAGUUUAGAUGAGAGAUGGAAUAAUCAGGUUGAUAAUUUUCAUAUUAAAGUAAAUAAACUAAGAUGUGAUAUGAAUGAAUAUAAGAAGGGAUGCUAUAAUACGUACAACCUACGAAAUAAUAAAAAUGACGUAUUUCCACACUUACAAAAUAAUAAUAUGAAAAGAAGAGAAUUGAUAAAUAUGAAUAAUAAUUAUGAAAUAAAAAAUUAUCUAAAGAAACCACAUAAUCAAACGUAUAUUUUAAAAGACAAUAAAUAUGUUAAUGUUGAUGAUAUAACCUUUCCUGUAUCUAAAAAUAUUUCAAACAAGGUGAUAAAAACAAAUGAUGAAAAAAUAUUGGAAAACAAAUGUUGCUUUAAAUUGAAUGUUAGAAAUAAAAGAAAAAAUGAAAAGGUCAUCAAAAUUAAUGAGAAGCGUUGGCUCAUAGCUACCAAACAUGUAAAGAUCGAAAGGGUAAACAAAAAUGGUGUUGAACAAAGUGAAGAAAAAAAUAAAAAGGACAAAAAUAGAUAUAUAUAUUUAGAAGGGGAAGAGGGCAAUUUGCAUUUAUAUCCAAUGUAUUCAGACUCAGAAGUGGGGUUUGAAAAUAUCUCUCAUAUUGAAGAUGAAAGCUUAUCAAAAGUAAAAAAAGAAAAUCAAGAUGAUGAUGAUAUUAUGACUACAAAACAUCUAGCUCAAUGGAGUUCAGAUAUUGUACAUAAAUAUCUUGAAGAAGCCAUUGAAAAAUCAAAGUCUAUUUUCCAAAAUUGCAAUAUGGAAUCUCGACAAGAAGAAAUAUUUAAGAGGAUCAAAUUAUAA